AUGUCCUUGCCACCACCUCCAGGUCCUAAACAACCUUCAUCUCUACCACCACGUCCGCCGUCGUCAUUCAAACCAGCUUACUCGUCCGCGCCUUCCUACUCAUCACCAGGCACUACUGCUGGAGCUAGUCAUGGCGCGAGACCAGCUGCUUUCACAGCCUUCGCGCCUCGCGCGGUAGUUUCGAGUCUGUCGUAUCGAACGAGUAGUCCUGAUGUUUUGGCCGCUGCGCAGCCGACUACAGCAUAUCAACAGCCAGCAGCUCCCGGGUACCCGUCCACAUACCAGAAUCCACACCAGUCGUAUCAAGCCGGCGCACAGUCUUACUACGGCCAGCAAUCGGGAUACGGUGAUAGUCAAUAUGGCGCUUCUUCCGUUCCUCAAAUCGCCAAUCCGUUCCCAGUCCCCGGUGAGGAACGCAAGGGCUACGGACGUGACAGCGGUAUGGACCCAGAAAUGGAAGCUCAAAUCGCGCAAUGGCAGAGUGCAUAUAUGACGAAUCCAAGUGAAGAUGGUUCAGCAGCUACAAGCCAGGCAAAACUUAUCAGUCGUCCAGCACAUUCGGUUGCCAGUGCAUCAAUCCCAGGCACACCUACAUACAGCACGUCUACGUCCCAUACGCCUAUUCCUACUCAACCUGACUCCAAGACAGUGGUUCGUUCAGGAGGCGGCCAGACAUGGACAGAUUCUACGCUACUAGAAUGGGAUCCAGCUCACUUCCGACUGUUUGUCGGUAACCUUGCAGGCGAGGUUACUGACGAUUCUCUGAAAAAGGCAUUCUCCAAAUACCCAUCCAUUCAAAAAGCGCGCGUGAUUCGCGACAAACGGACUGAAAAGAGCAGAGGAUACGGAUUUAUCAGUUUUAGCGAUGGUGACGAUUAUUUCAAGGCUGGGCGAGAGAUGCAGGGUAAAUACAUUGGAUCGCACCCUAUUCUUCUCAGACGCGCUAUGACGGAGGUUCGUCCUGUGCAGGAUAGGAGAGACAUGAAAGGCAAGAAGAAUGGACAUGGAGGAGGAGGUAAAAGCCAGCCGCAAAGUGCAGUGGGUGGUUCGAAACCGAAGGGAGAUGGAGUCAAGAAGCAGGGUUAUACCAGAGGUGGAUUGAAGAUUCUGGGUUGA